CAUUUGCCUUGUUCGUUUCUCUGAUUCUCCCCACCCGGCGUCCGCCGCAGAAACCCUCUCGGCCUCUCCCCCACCACGCGUUCCGCCGCCGCCGCCAUGAAGCGCUCCGCCGACGCGAUGGAGGCGGCGAAACCCGUCUUCCUCAGCAAGGCGGAGCGAGAGCGCCUCGCCCUCGAGCGCCGCCAGGCCGCCGUCUCCGACCACCGCCGCUCCGCGCUCGACCUCCUCCAGUCCAUCCCGCGGCCCCUUCCGCCGCCGCCGCCUCCCGCGUCUGGCUCCAACCACCCUCCUCGCGAUUCCUCCUCUGGCCACCGCGACUCCUCCGACCGGGACCGAGAUAGAGACAGAGAUCGUGACCGCCGCCGCGACGACGACUCUCGCCGCGAUCGAGAUCGGGACCGGGACCGGGACCGCGACCGGGACGAUUCCUCCCGCCGGGACCGGGACCGGGACCGAGACAGAGGCCGUGACCGUGACAGGGAGCGGGAGCGGGAGAGAGACCGUGGGGAUCGGGACAGGGAGCGUGGGGACCGAGACCGGGACAGGGAGAGAGAUCGGCUGGAGAAGAUGGCGGAGAGGGAGCGUGAGAAGGAGCUCGACGCGAUCAAGGAGCAGUACCUGGGGUCCAAGAAGCCCAAGAAGCGGGUCAUCAAGCCCUCAGAGAAGUUCCGCUUCUCCUUCGACUGGGAGAACACCGAGGACACCAGCCGCGACAUGAACACGCUCUACCAGUCGCCGCACGAGGCCCGGCUGCUCUUUGGCCGGGGCUUUCUUGCCGGCAUUGACCGCCGUGAGCAGAAGAAGGUGGCUGCCGCGCACGAGAAGGAGACCCGUGCAGAGCUGCGGCGCAAGGCCGGUUUGGAGGACCGCCCGGAGGAUGAUAUGGUGGAUAAGAAGAAGGCUGCUGCCGCUGAUAUGUACGAUGCCUUUGACAUGCGUGUGGACAGGCACUGGUCCGAGAAGGCGCUUGAGGAGAUGACCGAGCGGGAUUGGCGAAUUUUCCGUGAGGACUUCAAUAUAUCCUAUAAGGGGUCUCGCAUACCCCGACCAAUGCGGAAGUGGAGCGAGAGCAAGCUUGGGUCUGAGCUGCUUCGUUCUAUUGAGAAGGCUGGAUACGAGAAACCAUCACCAAUCCAGAUGGCUGCAAUUCCACUUGGUCUACAGCAGCGUGAUGUUAUUGGCAUUGCUGAGACAGGUUCUGGCAAGACUGCAGCUUUUGUACUCCCCAUGCUGUCUUAUAUUACCCGCCUGCCCCCCAUAAGUGAGGAGAAUGAGGCUGAAGGUCCUUAUGCCGUUGUCAUGGCACCUACUCGUGAGCUUGCUCAACAAAUUGAGGAGGAGACUGUGAAAUUUGCCACCUAUCUAGGCAUUAAGGUCGUGUCAAUUGUUGGUGGUCAGUCAAUUGAGGAGCAGGGUUUCAAGAUUAGGCAGGGCUGUGAGAUUGUAAUUGCUACACCUGGUCGGCUUCUUGACUGCUUGGAACGGAGGUAUGCUGUGCUCAACCAGUGCAACUAUGUUGUGCUUGAUGAGGCUGAUAGGAUGAUUGAUAUGGGCUUUGAGCCACAGGUUGUUGGUGUCCUUGACGCGAUGCCAUCUAGUAACUUGAAACCUGAGAAUGAGGACGAGGAACUUGAUGAGAAGAGGAUUUACAGGACUACUUAUAUGUUUAGUGCCACCAUGCCACCUGCUGUGGAGCGUCUUGCUAGGAAGUAUCUCCGGAACCCUGUUGUCGUGACAAUUGGUACAGCUGGCAAGACCACUGAUCUAAUCACCCAGAACGUGAUCAUGGUGAAGGAGUCAGAGAAGAUGUCACGACUCCAGAAGAUGCUCAUGGAUCUCGGAGACAAGACAGCCAUUGUGUUCUGCAACACUAAGAAGACAGCUGACAUGCGUGCUAAGGAUCUGGACAAGGCAGGCUUCCGCGUCACAACCCUACAUGGAGGGAAGUCACAAGACCAGAGAGAGAUUAGCCUUGAUGGAUUUAGAAACCGACGGUUCAAUGUUCUUGUGGCUACUGAUGUUGCAGGGCGUGGUAUUGAUAUUCCUGAUGUUGCACAUGUUAUUAACUACGAGAUGCCUAGUUCAAUCGACACAUACACACAUCGCAUUGGAAGAACAGGACGUGCGGGAAAGAAGGGAGUGGCAACUUCAUUUUUAACUCUGGAGAACACUGAUAUUUUCUUCGAUCUGAAACAGAUGCUUAUACAGAGCAACAGUCCUGUGCCACCUGAACUUGCAAGACACGAGGCAUCAAAAUUUAAACCAGGCUCAAUUCCUGAUAGACCUCCAAGACGAAAUGACACCGUCUUUGCAAAUCAUUGAAGCAAUCUACCGCAAAAGGGGUUGAAGAUCUUUUGUACUAUUGUGGAGGCAACUUCUAUUGGAAAGAGAGGGAUCUAGUUAGUACUUAUGAGAGGGCAUAUAUUGUAUCUGAUCUUCAUUGUGGAGAUUAUCUCAUGUGUGGUUCUUAUAUCGUUUUAGUCCCAAGAGAGCAAUUAUAUCCAUAUGCUCGGAUGGGAUCAGUCUUGUUUAUGAUGCAGACAAGUGAGCAAUUAUAUCCAUAUGCUCGGACGGUAUCAGGCUUGUUUAUGAUGCAGACAAGUGGUAAGUUUAUGAACCUGUUUCGUUUGAGUCGUCUCUAUUGCUUUUAUAUAUCUGUUCAUUUGUUGAGCCUUAUUAUCUGUCCUCUACGUUUUUCAUUUGAACAUGGGCUCUAAAACACCGCGUUGACCUCCAAUUUCUAUUGUUAUUUACCUUUUCUUUAUAAAAUAUAUCCAAAAUGUGUUAUUAUGAAACUAUUUUUAGAGGUAAACUCGUAUCAUUUUGGAAUGUUCAAACUUCAAACUCUGUUCAGAAAGAUGCAGUUUUUACAAGGAAUCUGAGUACUUUGCAUGACGAAUUUGAGUGUCAAUCUGCCGUUAGUCCUGUUUGUUCGUGGUGUAUCUUUUUGUUGUACGAUCUGGAUAUUCCUUUCUUUGUUCCGCCUUUUUUGAGAACGAAAAGCAGGAAGUUGAGAGGCCAAUUGACGUCCACUAUGGAUAUAUGUUGAGAAGUCCUUUGGUCCAGUUGAUUGACCUGUACUGCGAAGCCAUCUUCGCGAUGACCAUGUACAAGGUAGUCUCACGAGUCGUGAACUCGUGAUAACUGUAAUUGGCUAGCGUUGUGUGCCGUCUUGCGUGACGUACACGAGAAGAUGCGCGGCAGGGACGUGGCGCGCGUGGCCAGAGGGGAGCAGGCGCCCAGGCCCCCGCACGACCCCGGCAGCGUCGCCGACUCCCUGACGCCCACCGCCCGACAACGCGGACGGGCUCCCCGUGAUCGAGCUGAGCGCGGCGCCGACGGACUUCCGCUUCCCGACCCAGAACCAGACGCGACACUGCUACGUGCGCUACCUCGAAUGCCACCGGUACUAUCUUAGAAACAGGUACGUACGCAUGGCGUGGCUACUGAGCAACUGCCGUGUUUGCGCUCAGGUGCGUGAAGGCCAAGGACGGUGGCCACCUGCUGGAGUGUGACAAGUUCCAGCAUUAUUACAGGUCUCUCUGCCUGAUGGACUGGAUUGGUGCCUUGGUCUCGGUCGUUAUUACAGCGUUAUACAGUUACACCCGGCCGCUCCAUCGUUUCCUUGGUCUCGGUCGAUCCAAGAUUCUAAGGCUAGGACUCUGAUGUGCAGGUCGUCGAGUGGAACAGGCAGAGGGAGGAAGGGAUCUUCCCAGGACCUAUCUGAUUCCGUUGGGAAUGCAUAUUUCAAUAUUACUCAGAUCGAAAUACCAAAUUACUCAUCAGCUCUUUCAGUCUUUUGCAACGAUUUCUCUUCAGCUGAAUACUAUGUAGCACUAGCAUACUCUAUGUAGCCACGCAUUAAUGCAUGUAAAUAGUGUUGUUCAGCA